ACUGGAUUCAGUAUGGGAAGAGCAAGGGAAAUGUUUACAAAGAUGCAAAGCCAAGUGCCAGUCUGGUGAUGGUGAACUGAUCGACGCAGAAUGCAGAGAAGAAGAAGAGCCUGUGCAGGAAAAGCACUAUACAGGAGUUAGAAAGCGUCCAUGGGGAAAGUUUGCAGCCGAGAUCAGGGAUUCAACAAGGCAAGGAAUGAGGGUUUGGCUCGGAACGUUUGAUACUGCUGAGGAGGCUGCUAUGGCUUAUGAUCAAGCUGCUUAUUUGAUGCGAGGUCAGUUGGCUCUCCUGAACUUCCCAACGGAGAGAGUUCAGGAAUCGCUUCGAGUCAUGAAAAUGAAGUUCAGCUACAAGGAUGGUUAUUCCCCAGCUGCAGCCGUGAAGGAAACACACAAGAUGAGAAGUAUGUCAAAAGACUUAGGAGCAGAUCUGCUGGAUGAGCUCCUGAAUUCAUCAGAGACUGCAAGUUUGUAA